AUGGUGGCAGCUACGCAGGAACUCCCAAACAAGUUGUGGCUUGUCUACUCUGAUAUAAGUUCUUUUGAACAUCUUUAUCCACAGGGCAAAUACCCUGACAUUGUGACCCUUCCAGAAGGACUGAAGGGAGAUUAUAUCGUUCUAAGGAACCCCAAACUUUCCGGGUUUGAACUAAUGAUUGUGUGGAAGAUACAUCUAGAUGAAGGGAGAACUACACCUGUUCUGGACCUCCUGACUAAAGUACCGGAGCAAGGCUCAGAGCAGAGGCUGGCAGCUCUGGCGGAGGCGCCGGCCCGCUUCCGGAGCAUGCUGCGCUUGGUGGGGGUCGAGACGGCUAUCGAGAACCUCAUCCAAGCCCUCAGCCUGCAGCAGUGA